UAUAAGGCAUUAUAAAAGAGGGAGAAACAGAGAGAAAAACCAGAAGGCCCAAAAAACAAAGAGAGAACUUUCUUCUCUCUUACAGCUCUUGAUUCUCUUUUGCUUUUCUGUUGUUUUCUGGUGGCCACAUUUGUACGUUGUACGUGUACGCGUUGUUCUGCUUCUGUUUUCUCUUGAUUUCAGAAGCAGAGAAUCUGCAUUUUUAGAGCAUUUUUAGAGAAAACAACAAAGAGAAAACAGAGCUUCUUGUGAAGCCUUUUUUUUGUAUAAUAUUUCUUCAGGUUGUUUCUGUGGUUUUCUGUGCUUGGUACCUUGAGAUCUGACCUGGAUUUUAGGUUUUCAUUGAAAUGUGUUGGUGAUUAUCAAAACAAGCAAAAGACCCUCACAUAGGAGAAGAGAAAUAUUCAUUUCUUUAGUACAAAAGAGGCUCUGAAAAAGAAACCUUUAUACAUUUUUCCAUAGCUUCCUCUUCACCCAUUUGCUCUCUCUCUGUUUUUGCUCUGUUUCUAUUGACAAGAAAUAACACAAGAAAGUUCACAAAUGGAGCGGCUUUCGUCGGCAGCGGUUCUUCCAGACUCAUUCAUAGGCGCGAGAGAUGAUAUUUUCAUGCAAUUUGGAUUGAUUUGGAAUCUGAUCAAAGCCCCAUUGAUCGUUCCUCUGCUAAACCUCGGAGUGGUUCUCUGCUUGAUCAUGGCUGUUAUAAUAUUCGCCGAGAGGCUUUACAUGGGCAUUGUCAUUGUUCUGGUACACCUUUUCGGGCGAAAACCGGAGAAGCGAUACAAAUGGGAGCCCAUGAAAGAUGAUGUUGAGUUGGGAAGCUCGACUCAUCCCAUGGUUCUGGUUCAAAUCCCUAUGUUCAAUGAAAGAGAGGUUUAUCAACUUUCAAUUGGAGCUGUUUGUGGGCUAUCAUGGCCUUCUGAUAGACUCAUCAUUCAAGUCCUUGAUGAUUCAACAGACACAACUAUCAAGGCCAUGGUAGAGCGAGAGUGCCAAAGAUGGGCAAGCAAAGGCAUAAACAUCAGGUACGAAAUCCGAGACAACAGAACUGGGUACAAAUCAGGGGCUCUCAAAGAAGGCCUGAACCGCAACUACGUCAAAAACUGCGAUUACGUCGCCAUUUUCGACGCCGACUUUCAACCGGAGCCAGAUUUUCUCUGUCGCACCAUUCCCUUCUUUAUCCACAACUCCAAUAUCGCUCUAGUUCAGGCUCGCUGGAGAUUCGUGAACUCUAAUGAGUGCAUGAUGACAAGAUUGCAAGAAAUGUCACUGGAUUACCAUUUCACAGUUGAACAAGAAGUGGGCUCUUCCACUCAUGCAUUCUUUGGAUUCAAUGGGACUGCUGGUGUGUGGAGAAUUGCUGCAAUCAAUGAGGCUGGGGGAUGGAAGGACCGGACCACGGUGGAAGAUAUGGAUCUGGCUGUUCGAGCGAGCCUCAAAGGCUGGAAAUUUGUGUAUCUUGGUGAUCUGCAGGUGAAGAGUGAAUUGCCAAGUACUUUCAAGGCCUACCGCCACCAACAACACAGGUGGUCUUGCGGUCCGGCUAAUCUUUUCAGGAAAAUGGUGUUGGAUAUUAUGAGAAACAAGAAAGUAUCAGUAUGGCAAAAAUUUCAUGUGAUUUACAGCUUCUUCUUCGUUAGGAAGAUCAUAGCACACAUCAAUGCCUUUUUCUUCUAUUGCAUUGUCUUGCCGGCAACUGUUCUCGUGCCUGAAGUUACCGUACCAAAGUGGGGAGGAGUUUACAUCCCUACCAUAAUUACCCUUCUUAAUGCAGUCGGCACUCCAAGGUCAGCGCAUCUGUUGGUCUUCUGGAUCCUAUUCGAGAACGUCAUGUCACUACACCGUACAAAGGCAACGAUCAUUGGUCUACUAGAGGGUAGUAGUGUGAAUGAAUGGAUCGUCACUGAAAAGCUUGGAGAUAUUCUUAAGAAUAAAGUAGGAGCAAAAGCACCCAGAAAAUUUCGAUUCAGGAUUGGAGAAAGGCUUCAUUUGACAGAGCUUGCUGUGGGAUGUUAUCUCUUCUUUUGUGGCUGUUAUGAUGUCCUCUUUGGCAAAAAUAACUACUUCAUCUUCUUUUACAUCCAAGCCUUAGCCUUCUUUAUCAUGGGGUUUGGGUACGUUGGGACAUUUGUUCCCACCUCUUAGUGCGGCAGCCAAAAAUGACUAAGGUCCUCUUCUUCUGCUAGGCAAUAUGCCAGCAUCAUUCAUUUCAGCCAUUAUAGCUUGUAAAAAUAGAAACCAACAAGCAAAGUCUUUGUUUAGGUAGAGCAUAAGAUUUCAAGAUGAUCGACUCAGGAAGAAUUAGUUCGUUCAUCUCUUAUGGAUAUUCAAGAAAAGCAAGGAAAUUACAAUACCGAUUGCUGUUAUGGGAAUGCAACACACAGGAAAAGGCAAAAGGUCAAGGAAACUUGAGGGACCUCAAUCAGGAAAACAUCUUUCAAUUGUAUUUUGUGAGGUAGAUCUCUUUUUUUUAUUUUUCUUUUUUUUGUUUGUUAAUUUUUCUUUCCGAAUUUUGGUUGAAUGUGCUGAAAAAACCAAUCAGAUGAAUAAAAUCUGUGAAAGUCGGUUUGGUGUA